AUUAUUACCACUACUAAUUUGAUAUCUCAGGUUUUUAUGUGUAUGUUUUAAUGGAAACCAAACGAUUAUCUACAAAUACAUGCAGUGACUAUUCUGAUGAUGAGAUUUCUUUUGGAGCUCGCUCUAGGAAUGCUACUCCCUCUCUCUCCCAACCUGCAACACCUCUCAGACCAUUGUACGAGGAAGAACACGUUGAUGUGCACUCUCCAAAGGCAACGCCCAACACAGGGAUGUUACUAGACAUCAAGAAGUUGAACCUCACUCCCAAAUCAGAGAUACGGCGCUCUCUGGAGAAUCCUUGUGAGAAGUCACCAUCUUGUCAGAGAAUGGUAGGCUAUGAAGAGGUGGGAGAAUCUACCGAGAAAGAGCUGUUGGCUCACAAGAUAGAAAAUUUUGCAGAGGAUUUUGAUCAGAUGUUUAACCAGGAAGUAGAAGUGGUGAAGACGUCCCAUAAUAUCAGUAUCACAGAUCUCUGUGAUAGUAUCACUAAACUAGACCUCGAUUGCUCCCUGGAGAAACGAAAUUCUCUCUCCAAGAACACCAGUCCUUAUGUGCCAGGAGAGGUACGAACAGAGAUACACAACUUAGGAAACUUGCUGAUGGCAGAGGCAAAUAAGAACAGUUCUACUGUAUUCAUUUCUCAGGAAGAAGAAGAGGAACUGUUGGGUGGUGCGUUUGAUGGUGAAGAAGAAGAGGAACUGUUGGGUGGUGCGUUUGAUGGUGAAGAAGAAGAGGAACUGUUGGGUGGUGCGUUUGAUGGUGAAGAAGAAGAAGAGGAACUGUUGGGUGGUGCGUUUGAUGGUGAAGAAGAAGAGGAGGACUUGUUGGGUGGUGCGAUUGAUGGUGAAGAAGAGGCUGGGCUUCUUAGUGGUGGACCUGAUGGUGAAGUAGAGAAGAAAUUUCUUGAGCGUGGACUUGGUGUUGAAGAAGAGGAUCAGUUUGAUGGCAACAUCUCGCAGUUUGAUGAAUUGUUAGAUCAGGAUCUCGAGGUUUUGAGAGGCAAAUCACCAAAACCUGUUCCAAAAGACAUUGAUAUGUCUGAAAUUGCUAAAUAUUUUGAAGACAAGUACAAUUAUUCGUUUGACCAGGCAACAGAAGAUCCUUUAGUAAAACAACCUGCCCCCUCUGAAGAGUUACACGAUCUUGAGGACAUUCACCUGGACAGGUUUGUGCCAGUAGCAGCAGUAACCCCUACACUAGACUCAGUUGAGACGGGACUAUAUGAGGGAGUUGGAGAGAGUUCCUUCCUUUACAAGUCACUUGACAUACCACAAAAUGAGGAAAGCUUUGUAGUUCUACCCGAGAGUGGAGAAGAGAGACUUUCUGGCAACUAUUUUCAGAGAAUGGCCUCUGAUAAAGAGUUGUAUCAAGAAUCCGUGCACACAAUGUUUUCAGAACAGCUACAGGGUUAUACUCCAUCAUCAGAUGACAGUGUAAUUGUUAUCCCAGAACCCACUGUAAAACCUCAGAUAUACGAAGAAGUAUCUGAUACCGAUUUAAGUGCUUACCUUGCGGAAAAUAGAUCAAACGAGGAAGAAAAGAUAAUUACUGCUCCUGACUAUGAGGAUGUUUCAGAAACUGACCUGAGCGAGUAUUUGAGUCAAGAUGAGAACUCAGAUAUGUCACCCAAUACAAAACCAGAAACUGGUCCGGAAUUAUACAAACCCACUACUGAAACACACUCACCAAUCGAAAUUUCUGACUUUAACUCAGAAAAAAAACAGGAAGAGGAUCAGAAUUUGUUUAAAAAAGAGAUAAGUCCUAAUACUGGGUCCGUGCUCACUUUUGACCAGAGUCCUACACCUCAUGACAAGAUAACAGAUGGUGCUGCCGCUCCCUCUGAACAAUAUAUCUCUCUGCAUGAGGAACCUAAUCAUAUUGAUGAGGUAUCUGAAGUUGCUAGCCCAGAGCAAGAUGAUUGUGAGAUGAUUGUAGAAGAACCUAUUGCUAGAGACGCAAAACCACUCAGCAACUCAAUUAACACUAAUACUCUAUCAGGACACCUUGCUUAUAGUCCAGAGGAAUCAACAACUGAAUAUUGUACCGAAAUACUUGCUAGCGAAGAGCAGGAGCAUCUUGACAAUAAAGAGGUUGAAGAUAAAACUGCUACAGUACCUGUUGCUAUAGAAGAGGAAGUUUCUUCUGGAGCAGGGGAUUUGGAAGAGAAAAAGAAGAAUUGUGCAUAUAUAGAAAAGCAACCUUACACAACCAUUGAAGAAUCUUCUGGAAUCAUAAAAAGCUCUAAUGCUGUUGAAGAAGAUUGUUAUUUCAGUAUUUUAGAAGAGCCUGUAACCUUGAACAAUCAAUCUAUACUGAACCAAGAAGAAUAUGUCAAAAGCAUUGACGAAAUUGAUCCAAUUAAUUUUACAGUUGAUCCAUUCAUCACCAAUGUUGAUCCAGUGAGUAUUGAAGAUGAUCCAGUUAGCGUUGAAGUUGAUCCAGUCAUCACCGAUGUUGAUCUAGUGAGUGUUGAAGAUGAUCCAGUUAGCGAUGAAGUUGAUCCAGUCAUCACCGAUGUUGAUCCAGUGAGUGUUGAAGAUGAUCCAAUUAAUUUUGAAGUUGAUCCAGUCAUCACCGAUGCUGAUCCAGUGAGUGCUGAAGAUGAUCCAAUUAAUUUUGAAGUUGAUCCAUUCAUCACCGAUGUUGAUCCAGUGAGUAUUGAAGAUGAUCCAGUUAGCGUUGAAGUUGAUCCAGUCAUCACCGAUGUUGAUCUAGUGAGUGUUGAAGAUGAUCCAGUUAGCGUUGAAGUUGAUCCAGUCAUCACCGAUGUUGAUCUAGUGAGUGUUGAAGAUGAUCCAGUUAGCGUUGAAGUUGAUCCAAUUAAUUUUGAAGUUGAUCCAGUCAUCACCGAUGUUGAUCUAGUGAGUGUUGAAGAUGAUCCAGUUAGCGUUGAAGUUGAUCCAGUCAUCACCAAUGUUGAUCUAGUGAGCGUUGAAGAUGAUCCAGUUAGCGUUGAAGUUGAUCCAGUUAGCGUUGAAGUUGAUCCAGUCAUCACCAAUGUUGAUCUAGUGAGUGUUGAAGAUGAUCCAGUUAGCGUUGAAGUUGAUUCAGUCAUCACUGAUAUUGAUCUAGUGAGUGUUGAAGAUGAUCCAGUUAGCGUUGAAGUUGAUCCAGUCAUCACCGAUGUUGAUCUAGUGAGUGUUGAAGAUGAUCCAGUUAGCGUUGAAGUUGAUCCAGUCAUCACCAAUGUUGAUCCAGUGAGCGUUGAAGAUGAUCCAGUUAGCGUUGAAGUUGAUCCAGUUAGCGUUGAAGUUGAUCCAGUCAUCACCAAUGUUGAUCUAGUGAGUGUUGAAGAUGAUCCAGUUAGCGUUGAAGUUGAUUCAGUCAUCACUGAUAUUGAUCUAGUGAGUGUUGAAGAGAGUCCUGUGAGUGUUGAAGUUGAUCCAGUUAGCGUUGAAGUUGAUCCAGUCAUCACCAAUGUUGAUCUAGUGAGUGUUGAAGAUGAUCCAGUUAGCGUUGAAGUUGAUUCAGUCAUCACUGAUAUUGAUCUAGUGAGUGUUGAAGACGGUCCUGUGAGUGUUGAAGAUGAUCCAGUUAGCGUUGAAGUUGAUCCAGUCAUCACCGAUGUUGAUCUAGUGAGUGUUGAAGAUGAUCCAGUUAGCGUUGAAGUUGAUUCAAUCAUCACCGAUGUUGAUCUAGUGAGUGUUGAAGACGGUCCUGUGAGUGUUGAAGAGAGUCCUGUGAGUGUUGAAGAUGAUCUUGGUGACUGCACAACAAAAGAAGAUGUAACACAGGAGGAUCUGGUGUCUGCUAAUAAUGUUUUAGAUCAAUUUGAUAGAGGAUCUCAGAGUUUAUCGGAGGAUAUAAUGAUCCCUAAUCACAAUGAGCCCGGUGAAAUGUCUGAUCAAAUAGCCAGCACUGAAUUAGAAAUUGUUACCAAUUUAUCUCGGACAGAAGAACAAGACAAAAUUACUGCAGAAAGUGACGUAUCUUUUUCCCAAAACGUUGGUGAAAUUAGUGGGACUUCAGUAGCUACAUAUCCAACUGAAGAAAACGAACUGUUUAUCGCUCGACCAGAUUUUCUUGAAGAAGAGGACUAUGACAGUAUUGCGCCUUUAUGUUCCCGCGAUAGUAUGAGCAGCGUGAAGUCUAGAGAAUCCCUGGGUCUCCUCCCUCCCUCUUACCUCGCUAAUAUUGACAAUGACGAUCUCUUCAUCUCUCAAGUUAACUCGCCAUCUGUCCUGUUCGGUGACAAAGAAAAGAGUUAUCUCAGACAAGUUCUCAAACCUCCUUCUCCGAUGUAUCAAGGUCAGCAGAUAGUGAUGGAGCCGAGUAAACGGGUUCGCGAUCCUGCGACUACUCCAGUCUCCUACAAGCCAAAACUUUUGAGAGCAGAUAAGAAGAACACACCAGUAAAAGCGGUACACAGUACAACUCCUAAAAGAGGUGCCGCACGGCCCCCAACUCCUACAAGAGGUGCCGCACGGCCCCCAACUCCUACAAGAGAUGCAGCAAGGCCCCCAACUCCUACAAGAGAUGCAGCAAGGCCCCCAACUCCUACAAGAGGUGCAUCAAAACCUCCUCGACCAUCAACUCUUCCCUGCAUGGCUCCUCAAAAGGAGGAUAUAGGAGAGGAAAGGUCAACGUUCGCGGCAUUUAGAGCUAAACUUGGCUCUCCAGUCUCAAAAACACCAAGUUUUAGUCCUGUCUCCAAAUCUGCUAGUGCUGGUGAUAUGAAGCAGCCUUGGAUGCCUCCCAGUCCCCGACCUCACAUGCAGGCACCAGUCAGCCCCAGAUCUAGGCCCAUGAGUCCUUGUGGAACUCCCAAGAAAUCACAGUCGUACGAGGGGUCGGGUUGCAUGACUCCACAACGCAACUUACCGCUGACACCCACUCGACCAAGCGCAUUACAAGCGCGCAGUAACUACAAACCUACUCCAGUGAUCAGCACACCUCCAAGAAUAAGGCAGAAGAAGAUCUGCUCUACUCCGCCUCGCGGCAAAGGUGACUACGCCUCCUCCAAGUCAGCCAGCGCUGGAACUCUGCUCAUUGAGAAUAACGAGAACGCUGCUCCAAAGAAACCCCCCACUCCUCGCGUUAGAACCGGGGCUGUUGCUACUCCUCGCAUAAAAGCAGGAGCAGUUGCCACGGCGACUCCCCGAGAUGAGUCUGCAAUUACUAAACCAGCCACUCCCAAAAUAAAGCUAGCCGCUAGAUCCAAUACCCUGAACAGACCUCUCGCAAAACCAAAACCCUCAUCUGACUUAAGCGAAUCUGCCAAAAAGAAGCCGACUAUAAAAGCAAAAAUAGGUGUCCCCCCUAAACUAGCGGGCAUCUCUAAGAUAAACACAGGGCUGGCUGGUAGAGCUGAUCUUAAGAAAGUGGCUGAUAAAAGCAAGCUUGUAGGAGGAAGAGCAGUUACCAUGGCAACGCCAGGAGCAAGGCGACCCGUGUUAGGUUCUCUCGAGAAUAAAGCCGCUAAACAGGACGACACUGCAAACUCCUCCAAAUCUAGCAGAGUAUCAAAUGUAAACAAACCGGCUGACAAAGUAUCAGCUGCUAAAACGGGGGGCGCGGUGAAGUCUGGUGUUGCCAUGGUAACUGCGGUGAAGUCUGGUGUUGCCAGCAGGUCGAGAAUUCCCGCCCCUCGUAGCCGGUUACCAAGUAAAUUACCAACAAGGAGCAACAAGUGAGGGAGACUGCUGCUAAUUGUUGUGGUAACGUGUCAUGUUUUGUUUGAGACAAUCUUAGUGUGUUCUGUUGUUACGAACUAUAACUGAAAAUGAAAUGAAGGAACAGACUGAAAAGAUGAACUCUUAUAUUUUUGUAAAUAUGUUGAAACGAUUCUAAAGUGCAGUUCUGCUGUGUUUAUAUUGAACCAUUUUUACAUCUAGUAUGGUGUUGUCGGAUGAGAUUGGCGAAAUCACCGAAGUCAAAACUCUCUUCUCGUCUUUGUGUAUUUCUUGUGUAUUUUUACUAACAAAGAAGCUCACUUCAGUUCGAUUUGACAGCGAUACAUAGUAUGAAACCCAGGCCACGUUGGCAGACAUCUCACGUAUAGGCUCGUUUUUGGGAUUCUAAUUUCAUGGUUGUUCUCGUGAAGUCUGAACUUAGUCUGUAAUCUUAUAUUUUUCGGUUUAGUUCAAAUAUUGAAUAUGAUGAUUAUUUACCAUUUUGGAAAUAUUUUCAUUCGGAAUCAAUUUGCAUGACAAAAUAGUAGCGACAAGUUUAAUUUGGUAAUGAUGAAAUCAACGUAUUAAAUGGUUAAAUAUAUCAUUAAAUCAUUAAUUAUGACUAGUAAAACGCACUUACCGUGGUAUUGGGGGGGGGGGGGGGGGGGGGGGGGAGUUAUCGUUUAAAAAAAAGUGAUUUCCUAUUUAACCCCUCCGACGUGUGGGUAAAUCAGUGUUUUGUAAUUUAAAGCUAUGUUUUGGAUAGAGAAGUGACUGUUGUUAUGGUGACGAUAAAACAGAUUAUUGAUUUGUUCGAAUUUGUUUACCAAUCCUAUAUUGUCAAUUAAUAAAUUAUUUAUGUUAAGAUUCUUAUAAUACGUU